AUGCAGAAGUGGAAUGAAGAAUCACGCAAUAAAGUUUAUACUGGGACAUUAUUCUUUGUCAGCGUUGGAGCAACUUGCGGUGGAUUAGUCGCUUUUUUUAAUAAUCGAUCAUUCUUUCGUUAUACUAUUGCUACAGGCAUUAAUUGCGGAAUAUUUGGCCUUUCAUUUUUCAGUAUCAGAGAAUUAUGUUUAUUGCAUCAACAAAAAAAUAAAUAUAAACUAAGAAAUUCCAGAACACAAAAUAUAGAUGAGCUCAUUAGUAGCAUUAUAGCUGGUGGUUUGACCGGUGGUUUAUUCUCGACAAUCAUUCGUGAUGGUGUGGGACAUGUUUGUUACACUAGUGCUUAUAAUUAUAGGCAACAAUUGAUUCUUAAACCAAAAAAUGUACAAUAUACGCCAAAUUCUCAAAAUCAAGAAAUUUUGAAUAAUGUUAACCUAGAAUCAAAAGAUAAAAAAAUGACGAAAGGGUUGUUUGAUUGGCUCUCCACAAAAAAAUGGACUGGUGUUAAAAAGUUAUCAGAAGAAGAAUAUAAACAGAUCAAACAGUCUAGAGCCGAAGCUAAAACAAAUCAAUUAGGAAAUAUAUCAACAAAAUACGAAAAUUCGGAUGAUCAAUC